AUGGGCAACGGUGCUAAGGCUCAGCAGAAGAGGGAGAGGAAUGCCGUCAAGACGGCCAACAACGCAAAAAGCCAGAUCAAGACCAACCAAGCCGCGUUGAACAUCGUCUGCUCGGUAUGCAGACAAACUUUCCUCCUUACUACCCGUGCACCUGCACUCGAGGAACAUGCGCAAAAUAAGCAUAGCAAGAGCUUGGCGGAGUGCUUCCCCACUUACGGGAAGUGA